CUGCGGAAACCCUCGAGGAAGAAGACUGAAAGACGACUUCGACGGAGGAGACGGAUUCGAAGACGACCGCUGUUGCUCCCAAUCAACGGACGGAGGCCGUGAUCACUGUUGCUGCCAAUUCGCGGACAGAGGUCGCGACCGCAGCUGCUCGCGAAACAGAGGACGAACACUGGUUCUCUCAGAGUCUACUCACUGCCCUGCUCUCCACCUUAGUUAUGGAUCGAAGUUGGAUCAACUCUAGACGAACAAGUGAUGAGUAUGAAAACGGUGUUGAAUCUUUUAUUCAAUUUGCUAAAACAAAUCUCCCGGAUAGUAAUGGAAGGUUUUAUUGUCCUUGUGUUAAUUGCUUGAAUUCGAGACGGCUAGACAUUGACUUAAUACGAGAGCAUGUCCUCUGUGAUGGUUUUUGCAAAAACUAUACAGUAUGGAUAUGGCAUGGUGAACGACUAAAUGUGCCCACUACACCAUCUCAUGGAGAGGAAGUUUCUGGAGCAUAUAAGGAUGAUCAUCUGGAAGAUAUGAUACGUGAUCUUGGCGAAGAAACUUUUAAGCGAUCACAUCUUUAUGAUACAUUCUGUGUUGAUUCAGAGAAGCCUUUAUAUCCUGGGUGCACUAAGUACACACGAUUGUCAUCAGUGUUAAGAUUGUUCAAUUUGAAAGCAAAGAAUGGCUGGAGUGAUAAAAGCUUCACCGAAUUACUUGAGUUGUUAAAAGACAUGCUGCCGGAAGGGAAUACAUUGCCAAACCGCAACUAUGAGGCAAAGAAGAUAUUAUGUCCUCUGGGUAUGGAGUAUAAGAGGAUACAUGCAUGUCCCAACGAUUGCAUACUCUAUCGAAAGGAGUUUGAAGACCUGCAUAAGUGCCCAAGAUGUGGAUUAUCGCGCUAUAAAGUGACAGAUAAUGACUCAAGUUGUGAUGUAAUUGUUACAAGUGGUCCUCCUGCUAAAGUAUUAUGGUAUCUUCCAAUAAUACCAAGGUUGAAGCGACUCUUCUCUAACCCAAGAGAAGCCAAAAACAUUAGAUGGCAUGCAGAUGAAAGAAAAUGUGAUGGCAUGAUUCGCCAUCCAGCAGAUUCUAUCCAAUGGAAGAAAAUUGAUAAGUUAUUUCCCACUUUUGGUAAUGAGCCAAGGAAUCUUAGACUUGGACUAGCUACAGAUGGUAUGAAUCCAUUUGGUAACUUAAGUAGCAUUCAUAGUUCAUGGCCUGUUCUCUUGAUAAUUUAUAAUUUAUCUCCUUGGUUGUGCAUGAAGCGCAAAUACGUGAUGCUAUCUUUGUUGAUUUCCGGUCCAAAACAACCUGGUAAUGACAUAGAUGUGUACUUAUGUCCUCUUGUCGAAGACUUGAAAAGGUUGUGGGAGGAAGGCAUUGAUGUCUUUGACGGAUAUCGGGGUGAAACUUUCAAGAUGCAUGCCAUGUUGUUUUGUACCAUCAAUGACUUUCCAGCAUACGGGAAUCUUGCUGGCUAUAGUACUAAAGGACAUAAAGCGUGUCCAAUAUGUGAAGAGGACACAUGUUACCAUCAGUUACCUCAUGGAAGAAAAACUGUGUAUCUUUCUCACCGAAGGUUUCUCAGAAGGGAUCAUCCAUACCGUAGAUUGAGGAAAGCUUUUAAUGGAUGCAAUGAGAAUAGAUGUUCCCCAAUCCCAUUAACCGGAGAGCAAGUUUAUCAACGAGUGAAGGAUAUCAAUGUUGUGUUUGGGAAAUCAAAAAAAAAACCUAUUGAUACACAAAUAUGGAAGAAGAGAUCAAUAUUUUUUGAUCUUCCAUAUUGGCGCAACCUUGAUGUGAGACAUUGCAUUGAUGUCAUGCACGUAGAGAAAAAUGUUUGUGACAGUAUAAUUGGGACACUUCUAAACAUUCCUGGAAAGACAAAGGAUGGUUUGAAUUCUCGUCUUGAUCUUGUUCAGAUGGGUAUACGAGAAGAGCUAGCUCCCCAGCCACGAGGUAAGCGUAUGUAUUUACCUCCGGCAUGUCAUACUUUGUCUAAGGAGGAGAAAGCUA